UAUGCAGGAACUGGAGGCGAUUUGGACCCUUGGAACACUUCCUUUUCCCCUGGGAACUUGGUGAUGCGUCCCCGCAGGCCAUGUCCACGUGGAAAGCAAGGCUCACCCAAACCCUGAAAGCUCCAUCCGGAAGGAUGCACCUGUUCCCAUGCUCAGCUCUGCUGGCUUGUUUUGGGAACACGAGGGAGAAUGCACCGUUUGAUCAGCCUGGCCCGGCUGACACUAGCUCUACGGUCUAUGCUCAGCCUGCGGCCAAAGCGGGCAGACACCCAAGCCGCCCGAGAGUGGAAGAAGGAGCUCCAGAGAAAAGGCGAGAUUCAGGCACCUGCACAGAGAGAAAUGGCGGUACGAGUCGCAAGUGGAGGAACCACGCUGCCAACCGGCCAGCUGAGAUACUCGAGGACCUGCCCACGUCCCCGGGUGGUGAAAGGGACCGUGAAGCCGUGGCUUUCCAGACUUCCAUCCCCAGACCAUCAAUCGUUGAUAUGCCAAAGGAAGAAGGAUUUCAAGAAGAACUCAGAUGCCUCAAGUCGGAUGAGAAGAUGGCGUCAGACGGCCCACUUGAAGAUACCAACCCUAAGGACUCAUAUCUCAUUCCAAGAAACAUCAUGGCUGAGCCGGACUAUAUAGAGGAUGACAAUCCUGAACUAAUUAGGCCUCAGAAACUGAUCAAUCCUGUCAAAACCUCCAGGAACCAUCAGGAUCUUCACAGAGAGCUUCUUAUGAAUCAAAAAAGGGGUCUUGCACCUCAAAAUAAACCAGAAUUGCAGAAGGUGAUGGAAAAGAGAAAACGAGACCAAGUAAUAAAGCAGAAGGAGGAAGAAGCACAAAAGAAGAAAUCUGACUUGGAGAUAGAACUAUUGAAGCGGCAGCAGAAGCUGGAGCAGCUUGAACUUGAGAAGCAGAAACUCCAAGAAGAGCAAGAGAACGCCCCAGAGUUUGUGAAGGUGAAAGGUAAUCUCAGGAGAACAGGCCAAGAGGUCGCCCAAGCCCAGGAGUCCUAGGCAGAGGCCGCACCAAGACCUGUGUCCUGCCCUCCGUCACCGCACAGAGCCGUGUCUGUACCUGCCUCCUCAGCACUUACUCUCAGGGCAGAAGCCCCUGGAGAGAACUCGAGCCAGCAGAGUUUAAAGGAUUUGGUUUGAUUUUUCAUGCAAUCUGGGUGGAUAAGUUGCUUUUGACAGCUGCAGCUCUUGUUCGCCAAAUGAAAGGGACUGCCCAGCACGUAAGUGGUUAACAGUGGACCUGUGUUCAGAGACUUAAAACAAACAAGCAAAAAGAAAAAAGGAAGAGGACACUGGAAUAAAUUCUUGAGAGUUGCACUACUCGGUUUUCCUUCCAUUCCAAGUUUAGUGGGGGCACAGAGCCUUUUUUCUUUAAAGAGCUUAAAAAAAAAAAAAAAAGAAUUUUUUUCUUUUCUUUUUUCUUUCUUUUUUUUUUUUGUCUUUGUUAGUUAAUUUUAGUUCACAUAGAAAUGCAUUUAAUCUGUUACAUCCAGCAUUUGUACAUUUUAUUUUGAGGAUCUCAGAUUUGCUUGUUUAAUUUAUACGUUCACCCAUGUUAGAAUUAGCACCAGAAAAUGUUAGUGUUGAGCACAGCUGUGACCUUUGUUGGCACUAAAACUUAGAAGUAGGGUAAGAAAGUUUAAAAACAAGUGAACACCUGUGUUGAUCUUAUUUUAAUUCCUUUUGGUUUUCUGUGAUAGUAGUAUGCUGCAUAUCAACAUUCCAAUCCCAAGAAGGUACAUCACAUAAAUUCAUUUAUGGCUUUGAUAACUAGCAGGGUUUUUGUUGGAUUUUGUUUUUAAAUUUCUUGCUGAGCUGGUUCUGUUAGGUGAAACAAUCUCUCGGUCCUUUGGAGAGUGCUCAAAAGCAGAGAGGGUCCAAAAUCUUUUCAUUUUUGAGGGGAAGAGUUUGGAGAAAGUUCCCAUUAGGAGCUGGGCAGUGAGGACUUCUGUAGGUAUUUUAAUGUGAAGCAAAAGUGUGUCUCACGGAGGCUUCAUUGGCAGAUGGUGGCAUUUGAAUAUCUAAUGAUAAUGAGUAUCAUUAGAAUCCAAACUUUGAAAAUUUCUGAGUUUGAUCACCUAUUACUCUUCCUUCUUUUAGUAGUGAAAAAGGACGAUUUCACCACUAUCUCCGUGACGAUGCUGUUGAGAGUGAUGUUGAUGACUACUAUAUGGCUUCUCUCAGGAAAGGCUGGGAGGAAGGGAGGCCCCGCUAAGUUUCCUCACCCUAGCUCGCAUGCCAUUCCCAGAGAAGCCGAGUUGCAAAAACAGCCAUAUUCUCAUGCAGAACUCAUUUUAUACUGCUGGCAUGGGCCAUGAGUUCCUUCUACUUGCGAUAAUAGAGAAGAAUUUUUGUGGAGGUAGAGUGUUCCCCACAGAGACAGUUCAGCCACUAAUUUCUACAUUGGAGACUGGUACACUUUCUUUAAAGACUCACAGAAAACCAGAUCCAGAGCUUUUAUUUUAAAUCCUUAAUUAGCAGAGUAGAAAUCCACUUUCUAUGGGAAUGCUUUAGUUUUAGCAGUUGACAAUUAGGCCCCUAUUCAAUCCUAAAGUGAACAAAAGUAAAUUCAAUGAUAGUAUACUGCUAGUUAGAGAAACAUGUGGGCUGAUUACACCUGAAAUGGAGUGUUUAUCUCAUCAUCAAGUAUUAUUUGAAUAAAAUAAAGAGAUGCUUAAGAUAAAAUGUUGCUCUAUAAUAGUUUGCUUUUGAAGAAUGGAAUAGUAACUAUUUUUUUGCAUCAUUCUUCCUCUCGGAGAGAAGUGCGCUAACUGAUCAUCUUGCAAGUAUAUUUCUGACUGCACAUUGACUUGAGUUCUUUCUUGUGUUUAUGGACGAAGAUGCUACUUGUAAAAUGAAGAUUGGGGACUGGCUCGUACCUUUUUAUCUAACUAGAUGUUAGAUCUUCAGAUCUAUAUCCUUGAAGCAAUUCUGCCACUUGGUAAAAUUCUCACGGGCCUUGACUGCUUCCUUUAGAAGGAUCGAUUCUAUUCCUAAAACUUAACUAGAAUUUGUUCUUCACUGGGAAAAAGUUAAUGAAAAAGGCAUUUCUUUCCUAAUCUCACUGAAAUUCUGCAGAAUUAUGUGUAGUAAUAUAAGAUCUGGCCAAAACAAGACCUGUAAAUAGUGUGAAGUGGCGUUUCCUGUUAAAUUGUGGCGUGGGCAGGGACAGAAGCACCUGGAAGGCUUCGACGUCCCCUCCCACCUUAAUACUCUGCAGCGUGAACCCUUAGGACUCAAACAGCUGAGCAGUUCUGUGCUUUGAGCCACUUUUUGACAAAAAUGGCUCCAUUUUUCCACUCCGGUUUUCUUAAAAUAGUUCCGUGUUUUCUAGUCUCACAGUAGUAAAGUAGUGUUGCUUUCUAAGCUAUAACAGUUGACUUUAUUCUUCUACUCUGAAAAAUCUUGACUUGUUGGAGUGUAUAUAAUAUAUAUAAAGGGAGCCUUAAUGGAUUUGUUUUCAUAAUUUAAUAUUUUUUGUAUUUGCUCUUGUAUAAUUGUUUUUAAUGGAAAGUAUUACAGAAUUGAGGGUGGAAUUCUUAGAACCAAAGUUAUUCUUAAUAAAAAUCACCACAUGCUUGGACCAUG